GGAGAAUGGCCGCGUAUUCGCCUGCCAACGACCCCUACCGCGGUUUCUAUGCAAACGCCGCUUCCCCCACGCACCAGCAGCAGCAACAAGGCCUCGCCCCCCCGCACCACCAGGGCCACCAGCUCCCCUUCUCCACUCCCCAGAGCCCCGUGACUGAGUCCGUCCGCCCCUCUGGUGUGGACCCGCUGCUGGUGACGCUGCCCACCUACACUAACCUGCCCGUGCAGCCCGCGCCCGCAGUUCGUCAGUUCGUUGUACCGGCCCCCCUCGCACAGCAGGAGAAGAAACCUGAGGAAGAGAGAAGAGAGGAAGGGCUCUCUGGUGCGGCAGAGGAUAUGCAGGGCCCGGCCGCUGCCGCUGCUGCGGCGGCGGCGGCUCCUGGCGGUGCUGUUGGGGCUCGGGAAGUCCCCCAGCAGCAGCAGCAGGUGCCGGUGCAGGUUCAUCAUGGGGUUGGGGGUGUUGCUGGUGAGUGGCAAGGUCCCAACGGUGGCGUGAUGAUGGGUCCUGAAGGUCCGUUCUUCAUGACGAGCAUGGUCAACGAGGAGAGCUUCCGGAAGGGCCUCCCUUCGCCUCACCUCCACCCAGUAAGGGAGACAGAGACACUCACUUACACACACAGGAGCCCCGUUUCAUGCCGUGUCUGCAGGCGUAUCAGGCUGUGUUGGGCGCGACACACAAGUCUCCGUACAACCCCGAGGCCCAAACGCGUCUGCCCACUUCCCAAGAGGUGUACUCUGCCGUCGCCAUGGUGCAGAACCAAGCCAACCCCAUCGUCUACGCACCACUGCCGCCGCCGCCACCGCCUCCCCCACCACCGGCUCCCAUUCAGCAGUACAUCCCCGUUCCGGCGCCGCAGCCACAGCCGCAGUACGUUCUGCCCUCCCCGCCGCCUCAGCACAGGGCCCCGCCGACCAGGUCGAGUUGGCGCAAAUCGUCGUUUGAGACCCGUCCGCCUGUCCCGGACCAGCACAAGUACGUGCCACCGGCCCCCCAGCCCCAGCCGAUGCCGGGGCCGGUGGGCCCUGACGGCAAGCACGUGCGCUUCGCCGACCAGCUGCAGGACACCGUGGUGCAGCAGCACGACGAGCUGGCGCCCACAGUGGUGCCUGUCAUCCAGUAUGUGCCCGUGGUGACCCACGCCGUGGCGCCCCCGGCCUUGUUGACGACGACCCAGACCCUGCGGGGGCCGAACAACCUGCUGGAGACGACCCGGCGCACCAACCAGAUGCUCAACACGACGCUGAAUUCCACCACGCGGAGGUCGAUUGGCGGCGGACCGACGCUGGCGCAGCUGCCGUUGAAGCCCGGAGACGACUGCCUGGCCCCCUUCAACUGCUGCGGGUGCUUCGGUGAGCAUAACGGGGCGACGGGGGGUGGCGUAUGUGGGUGUUUUUGAGGUGUCUCGUGUGUGUGUGUGUGUGUGUGUGUGUGUUGCAGGGCCGAACGGCUGCUGAGCACGAGAAGGUGUGUCUGUCUUCAUCAAGAUGAUCAUCGUCUCGUCAUAUCAUCGUCGUUUGAGCAAAUAAGGCUUGAGGAGACAUCAUAUAUACACACAUACACACAUACAUAUACGCAGUUCGCACAAAAUGAAGCAGGUUCGGUUCCUUUGCUGACAGAGAGAGACACAAGUGGGGUGACUGAGUAGGUGUGUGUGUCUGACGGCACGGCACGGCACGGCUGGCACGAUUGAUAGCGGCUAAAGGGCCCUGACUGAUCAGGUGAAUGAGUUGGGAGGGGGAACAGGCAGACAGACAGACAGACAGGCGGGCGGGUGCACAACGACCGACAAAGCAAGCAAAUCAACAAUGCUCAAUGGGGUCCGGCGAAGGACGUGAAAAGUCGUGCCUUCGCGCAGUAUACGCUGCGAUCGACGUAUGUGCACACACAGACACGAACCACGACGAGCAUCUCAUUCAAUUAUCAAC